CUUGAACUCAACGCUCGGAUCGCAGCCAAAAAGAAAACAAGAAUAAACUUGUUUUUCAGAGACUUCCAAGGGGAAUAUGGGUCAGGGACAUGCAAGUUAUAGGUCUCGGAGAAGAAGCAAUGGUUUAUCUUCCAGUGGAAAAAGUACCAAAUCCCCAGUGGUCCACCACCGCAUCGGGGCCCAGUUACACUACAGAGUGCGGUUGAUCUGCGAUUAUGCCCUGCAACUAUGUACAGCAUGCUCUGCUCUGGCGGAAGCUGUUUUUGCUGCGGAUGCAAGGAAGGUCACAACGACAGAAGACUGAGGGGCUUGCAGGGCUACCCUCCAAAAAGAUUGGUGCUCUUUUUCUCUCUUGCAACAAUGCGGCUACAACGUUCUACCGCAUUUAAGACGCGCACCAUGACGAAGGCGGGAAGAGGGCGAGGAAGGAAGGGAAAAGAGAGGGAAAGAGACGGAGAGAAAGGGAGAGAGAGAGAGAGAGAGAGACAGGCAGCUGGGAGAAUAGAGUCAUCCAUGGGAAACGAUCGACGUCUCUCAGAGACCCGAGGAAAGCCCAGUCAGGUUCCGGUCGUCUGGGUCGUUGCUACGUGCCGUAUGAAGUUCAGAAGUACAGAACACUCGAGACUAUAGACAGAAGAGUAUCAAGAGGCGGAUGGACUCGGAGACUUACUCCGUAUCUAUGUACUUCGUACGGAGUACGCAGAACGCCGAGCGAAACCGAACUUUUUUCUCUAGCCAAGGAGAAUUCAUCCGACCCAAUAGGACUGCAAAAGGUCCAUCC